GGGCUGUCAAUGAUCAUCACAGUUUCUUCCCUUCCACUCCUCAAUCGCGUUCUGCCGCGGGAAUGCGAACCUGUCAGUGCUGGAUUCUGCUUUUCGCUGUCGCAGGCCUCGUAUCUGCGUCGUCAGGCGAUCGAGCGCCCGAAUUCACGAACUGCGUGUCGCGUUGUAACGCAUCCCGUUGUGCCUCGGGGCACUCGCACCCCCUUUCGCUUCCUCUGCGCCUGACGCGUUGGACAUGCGACGACAACUGCAAGUACUCGUGUAUGCAAGACAUUGCGACGCGCGAUAUCCGUCUCGGCGACCGCGUGCACCAGUACUACGGCAAAUGGCCGUUUUGGAGGCUGUUUGGGGUCCAGGAGCCGGCGUCCGUGCUAUUCUCGCUGCUCAAUCUCUGGGCCCACGCGCGCGGGCUCGCGAAGCUCAGACGCCAAAUCCCUGAGACCCAUCCGAUGAAGCCGUACUACCUCGCCUGGGCUGUGACGGGGAUCAACGCCUGGGUCUGGUCUGCGGUGUUCCACACACGAGACAAUUCCACGACGGAAAGGCUGGAUUACUUCUCCGCGGCGCUGACGAUCACGUACGCGUUGUAUUACACCGUUGUGCGGCUGUUCCAUCUGUAUCCGACCCAGCGUCGAGGGAAGCUUACACUCUCGACGCCUGAUACGGCCACUCCAAGAAGCCCAGCGUACAAAUUUUGGUCGGCCCUCUGCCUCCUUGCAUAUGUGGGACACGUUUCGUACUUGACUCUCCUCCCCCGAUUCGACUACACCUACAACAUCGUCUUUAACACCGUCAUCGGUCUCGCACAUAACAUCCUAUGGCUCCUGUACGCGUUUCCCUCAUCCCUGUCCACGGUGCGACGAUUCUCGUCGCGACCGAAGACCUACCGACCGGACUUUGCGACACGAGUCGGAGUGCUGGUGCUGUGCACAACGGCGGCAACCACGCUGGAGCUAUUUGACUUUGCGCCAUUCCUGCGGAUCAUCGAUGCGCAUUCGCUGUGGCAUCUGGCCACAGCCCCUAUUGCCGUGUUUUGGUACGAGUUCUUGCUGCAAGAUUCCCGGGAUGAAAGUUGGAGAGAUCGAGUGUAGCAGCUUUAUCAUCUCCCAGAAUGUCGACUUGGACCACACUAGAUAAAUGUGCUUGUAAGUAUGUACGCCGAAUGCGGUGGUUAUUGUGAACCAAA